CUCCUGUUGUGGCAUUUAGUUACGAUUUUGAAAUUGGAAGACUUCACACGCAAUCAAAUGUUUCAAAUUAAACAGAAAAAUAAGAAAACUUUUUGAAAAUAGUUUUGCAAAAAUAAUCAAAUUCAAAACAAGAACAAUUUUAUUGAAAUUAAAAGUUUUGUGGAAAAAAGGAAUUUUAAGAAUAUUCUCAAUUGCAAAUGGCAGCACAUUAUAGUGCAAAUCAGUUUGAACAAGCCUAUGCCUCGCGCCGUCUAGGCAAUUGGGAGAUACCCAAAUGGCAAACCAGAGAUCCGCCCAGACCGCGCCAACGAAAAGGCUCUACACAAUUCAUAGCCAAUGAAAGAGGUCAUUUGUUGGAUGGUUCCAAAAAACUGAAUCAAAAUCCCUGGGGUAAUUUUUCCGGAACUUACCAAUUGCCCGACAAAUUGACACGCAAAUUUGGUGACGAAUAUCACAAGUAUUUGACUAGAACAAAUCUGUCCCAAGAUGUGCCGGAUUUUGGUGUUGCCGGUACUCGAUUGACAUAUCCAAGCAAAUGUAAGACAUUGGGAAGAGUGGCACAACCAAACAAACCAUUGCAUUCCUGUGAGAAGAAGGAUGUAAGAUAAAAUCGAAUAUAAAAAUUAUGAUUAAUUCAUUCAUUGGUAUCCUUUAGACUUUUUCAAUAAAAUUUUAAAUAAAAUUGGAA